CCCCACUCUCUCUCUCCACCUCCCUUCCUCUCCCACUCACCUCCCUUUUACCAACUUCGUCCCGUUCUCUCUCUCUCUCUGAACAGUGAACACCAACAUUCCAUAGCUCUUAAGCUCUCUCCUCCCAUCGUUCGUCCGUAAACGAAUCAACAAUUCCAUAUCGCAAAGCCGUACGAAGCAAGAAUCGGAAGGGGAAUAGGAGGAAUCCGAGGGAGCCGGCGAUCGAAUUUCUGAUUCGAGAUAAUUCUUUGUGGAGGCGAUGGCGUCAACGAUUAUCUCGUCGAGUCCAGUAACGAACUCGGAUCGGUCCAAGAGGAGAAAGAAGAAGAAAUCUGCUGCUGCCGCCGCGGCGGCGCAGCAAUUCAAACAGGCGGAAGGUUCUUCAAGCCACGCCAGAUGGAGAACCGAGUCUCAGCAACAAAUCUACUCUUCCAAGCUAAUCCAGGCCUUGAGCCAGGUCCAGCUCAAUCCGUCCUCGCCUUCGGCUCCGUGCCGCGGCCGAGCCGUUCGCGAAGCCGCCGACCGGGCUCUCGCGGUGUCCGCCAGGGGGAGGUCGAGGUGGAGCCGAGCCAUCUUGACCAGCCGGAUCAAGCUCAAGUUCCGCAAGCAACAGAGGCGGCAUCAGAUUAAGCAGCAACAGAGAAUCGUCUCCGCCGCCGGCGGCGGCGGAGGCGGUAAGAGCCUGCCUGCGGUGCAGAGGAAAGUCCGGCUCCUCGGCCGGCUGGUUCCCGGCUGCAAGAAGGAACCGCUGCCGGUGAUUCUUGAGGAAGCUACCGAUUAUAUUGCUGCCUUGGAGAUGCAGGUCCGAGCCAUGACUGCCCUUGCCGACCUCUUAUCCGGCUCCAACCAAGCCUCCGCCGGCAGCUCCGGCUGA